ACAGUAUUUUGAUCUAUUUAGCCAUGGGCGAGGUCGGUGGAUUUUAUUUGACCAAUUCUGCGAUUCAGAAGGCUACAGAAAGAGUGCUGGAAACGCCUAUGCUAAUGUAUUUCUGACGUUGGUGUGUUUUAUUGGGGCGGAGCUAGAGACCACUGACACGUAAGGAUCCUGCAUUAAUUCCAAGGGAGAAGCUACAUAGGCCUACAUCUUUUUAGUCGAGAAGGAUGUCCUUUUUAAAUAUAACCAGCUGCUAAUAUUUUCUAUUUGGAUUUAUGUAUAUAAUUACCCAAAUAGUCACACAUUAGGGUGGGUGUAGGCUGGCGAGAGGACCGACGUAGUCUAUAGUCAACGUUGAAAAUGAGAUUUGCAAUGUUUAUUUCUCUGCUGAGGCCGAUCGGGCCGGUUAUUAUCGGUGUUUCUUUGGGAUUUACCUUAAGUUUACUUAGUGUGAAUUGGGUAGAGGAAACUUGUGUCCUCGACGGGAAAGCGAGUGAAGAAAUACGUUUGGCCCAAGAUGGGAUUUCAAAAGGAGCGAGGAGACCCAAUUCGAUAUCGACUGUGGAUGCCGAGGAAGAUUUUGAGCCAAGAAUAGUGCCAUAUAAACCAGUCCAACAAAGCCAAACAAAGCAACUUUUUCGGGCUAAGUACAUCAGUACAGAGCUGGGGAUCCGGGAGCGCCUCUUCGUAGGGAUCCUGACGUCCAAAAGCACCAUCAACACAAUGGGAGUGGCAGUGAACCGCACCAUCAGCCACCACCUGGACACUGUGGUCUUCUUCACAGGCAUGCGCAACCGCAAAGUGCCCCACGGCAUGUUCGUGGUCACCCAUGGGGACGAGAGGCUCAUAUGGAACAUUUUCCAGACCAUCAAGUACAUCUUGGAGCACUAUGUCCAUGAGUAUGACUGGUUCUAUCUGGCCCAGGACGACACCUACACAGAGGCAGACCGGAUCAAACAGCUGGUGGAUCACCUGAGCAUAGACCGGGAGCUUUACAUGGGCAGCCCUGAGGAGUUUAUAGGUGGGGAGAUGGAGGGGAGGUACUGCUACGGUGGGUUCGGAUACCUCCUGUCCCGUACCCUGCUGCUCCGGCUCAAACCCUUCCUGGAGAACUGUAGGAAUGACAUCCUGAGCGCCAGGCCUGACGAGUGGCUGGGCAGAUGCAUCAUUGAUUAUGCCAACACCAACUGUGUGGAUGAGCAUGAGGGGCUGCAGUACUACCAUUACGAGAUGGGCAAGAACUCGGAUCCGAGUAAGGUGGAGAAUGUGCAGUUUAAGAAUGCCUUGACUGUCCACCCGGUAUCUGACCCUGAGCAGAUGUACAGACUACAUAAACACUUCACUGAAAUCGAACUUCAGAGGACAUACGAUGAGAUCGAGAAGCUGCAGGCAGAGAUAAAGAAUGUGAGCAAAGUGGCUUUUGAUGGAAACCGGAGCGCCCAGUGGCCCAUUGGGAUCAAUCCUAUGUUUGAGCCGAAGUCUCGUUUUGAGGUCCUCCGAUGGGACUACUUCACAGAGGAGCAGGUGUAUUCAUGCAUUGACGGCUCCCCCAAGUGUGAACUGCGUGGCAUUGAUCGGUUGGAUGUUGCCGACGUCAUCGAGAUAGCCAUGGGGGAGCUGAACAAGAAGUACAAGCCUGUCCUCCACCUGAAGAAGCAGCAGCUGAUCAACGGCUACCGCCGCUUUGACCCCACUCGGGGCAUGGAGUACACACUGGACCUGCAGCUGGAGGUAGUCAACCAGAAAGGCCGCAGUCGCUCCAUCACCAAGAGGGUCCACCUGGUGCGUCCUCUGAGUCGCAUCGAGAUCAUCCCCAUGCCUUAUGUCACAGAGGCCACCAGGGUUCAUAUCAUCUUACCGUUGACUUUUCAGGAACGGGGUGCCGUCAACCAUUUUCUAGAAGUGUUUGCCACCAAUUUGUUUGAGACCAGUGAAAACGCCAUCUUGACUUUACUGUUUAUCUACGACCCAUUCGAGGCCCAGCAGGUCAACCAGAAUGACAUAUUCACCGGUGUUAAAGCGCAGAUCAAUGCAUACGAACGCAAGUAUCCGGCAGUGAAGAUCCUGUGGAUAAGUGUCAAGACAGAAACCCCUUCUCAAAUCAAAUUCAUGGACAUCAUUUCCAAGAAGCACCCAGUAGACACGCUGUUCUUCAUCACCAACGUCAACACCAACGUCAACUCCGAGUUCCUCAACCGUUGUCGCAUGAACUCCAUCAACAACUGGCAGGUGUUUUUCCCAAUCCACUUCCAGGACUACAACCCAGACAUCGCCUUCCACAACAAAGAGCCCCCACCCACAGUAGACCUGGUCAAAGACGCCGGACACUUUGACCGCAGUUCUUUCGAGGAGGCGUGCUUCUACAACUCCGACUACAUGGUGACGCGCACCCGCAUGGCCUCCGACGUGCAGGAGAACGAGGAGAUCAUGGAGACCUUGGAUAUCUACGACAUGUUUGUCAAGUACUCCAUCCUGCAUGUGUUCAGGGCUGUGGAGCCGGCUCUGCACCAGAAGUACCGCCACCAGGCCUGUAACCCGCAGCUCAGUGAGGGCAUCUACCACAGGUGUGUCCAGAGCAACCUGGAUGGCCUGGGAUCCCGUUCCCAGCUCGCCAUGCUGUUAUUUGAACAAGAGCAAGGAAAUAGCACUUGAUCACCAUCCCCCUUAGAAACUUUACCUAGUAUGUGUGCGAUUGUGUGUAUGCGUGCUUGUUUGCGUGAGUGUGAUUUGUGUGUAUGCGUGCUUGUUUGUUUUAAAACUAAUGCAGUACAUUCCUAAGCGGGAAACCUUUUUUACUAAAUGUUUACAAUAAAAAUGUGCUGUCCGUACAGAAAACGACGAUGGAACCAAAUGUGGUUUAAACCUUCGGAUUUGGUGGUCAUGUUGGUCAUCUCAUUAUUUUAUCAUGUUACAAAAGUUCUAUUUGGUGGCUCUUGAGGGUAUGGCUUCAAACCUGCACAACUUUUGAUACUUGCUCAUUUUGCAGUUUAGUAAUCACUACUAAAGCACAUCUGUGUGCCUUUUUUUAAAUGUCUGUCAGUCCUCUUGUAUUUUCAUGUCUGUUAUCAUAUCAAGCAAAAUAAGUAGAGAUUUUUUACAUCGUAUACAUUUGAUCAAUAUUUGAGUUCCUUACUUUCACAUGACACUUCUCACAUUUUGAAUGAAUGAGCUGGCAUCUGCAAUAUAGAUUCACUCUACUCACAUGUUAACGGGGAGGAAGCUUUAUGGCACUGACGUCAUCAGAUGAAGAAUGAGAUUACUGUUGGGUUGUGAGGAUUGGAUGGUAUGUGUUUGUACUGUAGGUCCCCAUAGGUGACAUCACAAACACGCCUGUAGAUGUAGAGCCUCUUCAGGGGGUUACAGUAAAAAAAAAACAUUUUAAAAAAACGAUAUGAUUGUCUCUUACUUAGAAUAGGGAAUUAUGGCAUCUUUAUCCAUUACAUUUAUAUCUGCUACGUUCUGAAUGUUUUGACUCUGAAUACACCCCUGGUCAGAUACGUUUUGUCUGAAGAUAUUUUGGGAGAGUCCUUGUUGAGGCUAACGCACAGUUCAGACGCUGAAUUUUUGGUUAAUCGAACUGAAUAGAAAUUAAGAGGUUGAGAGGUUUUGCUUGACAUACUGAUUGGUAUCACUUCCACCCGCUUUCAACACUGCAGACUUCCUUGUAGGCUUAGGGUUGAAUUCAGGCACAACACCUCUUGUUUUAAAGAAGUUCAUUGCACUAAAAGGACAAAGACAGACGAAUCCCACACCUAUGCAGCGCGGAAGUUAAUGUUUGAAACGGUGAAUAUGAUCGGUGUAAUGUGUAUGUUAUAGGGAUGGGCAUUUUACAAUUGAAUGUUCGUGGACCCCUUUUCGAGUACUCAAAUAACCCAAAUCCUAAUUGACCAAAAUGUAUAUUAAAACAAAAAUGCAAGUGCCAUUUUAAAAUGAAUUUAUUGAAGCCGUAAUAUUAACUGGUUAUUAUGGAACACAAUCUUCAAAAAGGCAGUAACCUCAGCAGUGGGCUUGCUUGUAGAACCCUGUGGCUGUUCAAUGGCUUAGCCUUUUGUUAAUUUAGCAGACAAUACGCUCUUAUUUCCCGAGCCCUUAUCACAGUCAAAACACCUAUUUCAUAGUUUAAAAAAAAACAUAUUGUAAUAUAACAGAAUAAAAUGGAACAGAAUAUUUUUCCAAAUGAAAAAAAAGUUGCCAGUGCAAAGUGAUGCCCAUUGCAUGUCGAACAGUUAUCAGUGAUCAUUUUAAACGUUUCUAAAUGGAUGAACACUGCAUGGUGAUGAAUUAUGGCCACAUCUGUUUGUUGAGUAGGCAUAUACUUAUUUAUUCAGAUGAAAAUACGCUCUUUGUCUUCAUCAAACUAAUGUUUUUGCAAAUGUUAAGUGUGGAACCUGUAUGUUUUUGGGGGUUAUGGCCUAGGCUAACCAAUUCUAAAUGGCACUAACAGUUCGCAAAGUAACUUUAGUGGAAGUAGUCAGGACACAAUUAUUCCAAAAAUGCAGCUCGUUACUGGAACACAACUUCAAUCAACCAGUCCAUUUUGAAUUUGGAACUAUUCAUUUGGCGUGGAAUGUAGCUUGUGUAUCCAAUCCGUUAGAUACGUGUUUUAUAGGCAUUUGUUUCUGUAGGCCCAACGGGAGCUUGUGUGCGCACGUAGCACUUGUGUGGAGGGAUCGGUCAGAACGCAAAUGCGUGAAUGAGACAUGGAGGGGAAAGGUAAUUUGGAGAAGAAAGGUGUGAUGCUUGGUUUCUUCCCCCCCCCCCCCCCC